AUGUGGCCCGCCUCUACGAGACAGACAGUCCUGCGUGCAUUCGCUAGCCUCCCCCGACACUCUGCUCUACCUGUUGCACCCUGGCUCAGCCCUCGAAUAUCAGCAGCGCGCUCCUACGCCCGCAUCCGCCGAAUGGCUUCCACGCUUGCCCUCCCCAAGCUCCCGCUCUUCGAAGCCAUCACGAGUCACGAUGCCGAAAGCACCGCGGUGGUACAUAGUCUCUCCGGCCGGCGCUUCACGUACGGUGACCUUCUCAAAGACGUAGCCGAGGGCAAGCAGAAGCUCAGCCAUCAUGCUGAGGGAAAGCCCCUGGAAGGGGAGAGGAUAGCAUUCCUGGUUGAGAACGGGUACGACUAUGCAGUGACGCUUUUAUCGGUCCUUGGUAGCCAUGCGAUUGCCGUGCCGUUGUCGCCAGCUUUUCCCGCGAGCGAGCUGAGAUAUAUCUUGAACCAGAGCGAGGCGCUGAUGCUAUUGAGCUCCGGGAAGUUCCAGCACACGGCGGAGGAGGUUGUGAAGGAGGGAUUGGAGCACAAAACCAUCAGUGCCAAAGUUGAGAAGAUCACAGAGAGCAGCGCCGCCAGCGAGCCGGUGCAGCUGGACGAUCCGGGCAGCGAUAGGGGUGGCAUGAUGCUCUACACUUCUGGGACCACCAGUCGGCCAAAAGGCGUACUCCUUCCUCAGUCCGUCCUAACAGCACAGUCUAAAUCCCUGAUCGAAGCAUGGAGCUACACCCCCGCCGACCACCUCCUGCACGUCCUCCCUCUGCACCACAUCCACGGCACGGUGAACGCGCUCCUCACGCCCCUCCUCGCGGGCUCAACCAUCGAGUUCAUGUUCCCCUUCAACGUCGACGCCGUCUGGUCGCGUCUCGGCGCUCCAUUCCUCCCAGCCACCGAGCCCAGUCAACCACUGAAGGAGAAAAUUACCUUCUUCACCGUCGUCCCCACAAUCUACAACCGGCUCCUCCAAUCCCACGCCUCCCUAAGCACCGAGCUGCAGGCCGCCACAAAGGAAGCCACAAGCCCGAAAAACCUGCGUCUCAACAUCUCCGGCUCCGCCGCCCUGCCCACACCCACCAAGAACGCCUGGACGGAGCUGACCGGGGGUAAUAUAUUGCUGGAGCGCUACGGCAUGACCGAAGUCGGCAUGGCCUUGUCCUGCGGCCUCGAAUUCUCCGACCGCGUCGACGGCUCCGUCGGGUGGCCCUUACCAUCGGUAGAAGCGCGGCUCGUGGAUACAGAGACCGGCUCCGUCGUACAGUCGGGCGAGGAGCUGGACGCGGAGGGCAAGGAGCGCCUGGGCGAGAUACAACUCAGGGGGCCGACGGUGUUCAGGGAGUAUUGGCGGAACCCCGCCGCGACGGCUAAGGAGUUUGUGGAAGGCGAGGAUGGAAAGGGGCGGUGGUUCAAGACGGGGGAUGUGGCGGUCAGGAGGGUCGUGGAGGGGGCCGGGGAGGGAAGGAGUGGGGAGUGGGCGGAGGGACCAAUGUGGUUUAUCCAGGGGCGGAAGAGCGCGGAUAUCAUUAAGAGUGGGGGGGAGAAGAUUAGUGCGUUGGAGGUUGAGCGGGAAAUGUUGAGUUUGCCGCAGGUUGCGGAGUGUGCCAUAGUCGGCUUGCCGUCUGAGAAGUGGGGACAGAAGGCCGCUGCGGUGGUAGUACUCACUGAACAAGGCAAGACUGGUGGGCGCGGCGGCAAGCCUUGGGGCCCGAUGGAUAUGCGGAGAGCGUUGAAGGAGAGGCUGGUGGGCUAUAAGAUUCCGCAGGAGAUGAAGGUCGUGGAGUCGAUACCGAGGAAUGCAAUGGGCAAGAUCAACAAGAAAACGUUGGUAAAAGACGUGUUUGGAGACCGUGACGCCUCACCGAAAGGCGAUCCUAGAGAGUAG